AUGGCUAUGAAUGUGGAUUUCAAUGCCUUGAAGGCGCGGACCAUGGGGUCUGGAGCCGACGAGGAAGCAGUGACAGUUGAUACCAGAGGAUUGAUUUCCAAGGUUCUUGCUAGAUAUUCUGGCAAAUGGACUGUACUUCGAGAAAUGAUACAAAACGCCGCCGAUGCUUCUGCAACAAAGGUCACAAUCAAGUUCGAGACUCUUCCAUCAACUACAGUACCGUCCCCAUCAACGACAGACCCGACUACACAGCUCAAGCACACCAUAAACAACCAUACCCUUCGUCGACUCCUGAUUUCAAACAAUGGUUCCCCAUUUAGUGAGAAGGAUUGGGCACGACUCAAGCGUAUUGCAGACGGAAACCCCGAUGAGACCAAGAUUGGUGCAUUUGGUGUUGGAUUUUAUAGUGUUUUUGAUGACUGCGAGGAGCCAUUUGUUUCUUCUGGCAGCCAGGCCAUGGCGUUCUAUUGGAAAGGCAAUGCGUUGUUCACACGUCGACUGGACCUCGGAGAAGCUGCAAGCCAGGAUACCACCUUCGUUUUGGACUACCGCAAUGACUCUUCUCCGAUUCCAUCGUUAUUGCAUUUGUGUCAGUUCUUAUCAAGCAGUCUCACGUUCGUCUCUUUGCAGGAGAUAGAACUCUGGCUAGAUGAUUGGAAUCUUUUGCGGUUAUCGAAGAGGACUGCCCCAAGUGUUGAUGUUGCAAUUCCCAGAGACAUCGACACCAAGACUGAAGACGGGUUAAUGAAAAUUAUUAAAGUCACCCGAGAAAUUGCGCAGGUUGACGCCUCUUGGAUGCGAAUUGUCGAAUGGAACCCAAACGCAAGCAUUUUCCGUCUGGAUAAUAUUCGUGAUACAACAAGCUCGCUGCGAAGUUUCUUUUCAAAGUUUACCGGUCAACCAGAAAAGCAGACUAAUCAACAGCCAGAGCAUGAGCGCCAGGAAGAAUCAGGCAACAUGAACACCAUGCUGACCGCAUCCGUCUUUUUGCAUAUCAACACGGCAUCGAUUCAGCCUUCUAUUAGUUCCUCGCUGAGCAAGGAACUAGAACGAGCUACAAGAAAACCUCCCCCUAAGAGAUGCACCAUCGCCAUUUUGACCCCUUCAUAUGAUGCCAAUAUAGCAACCGCGGCAUCUUCCUCCCAGUCAGAGAUCCUAUCAUCUAUUCUACCUACCAAAGCUGGAAGGGUGUUUAUUGGAUUCCCCACACAGCAGACCACUGGCUUGAAUGCUCACGUAUCUGCCCCAUCUGUGAUUCCUACUGUUGAACGAGAGAGCAUUGAUCUCAACACUCGGUAUAUCAGUAAAUGGAAUCUCGAGAUGCUGCGUGCGGUUGGUGUCGUCUGUCGAAUUGCCUGGUCUGCAGAGAUGGCUACCAUCAAGUCCAAAUUAGCAUCAAAAAUUGGACCAUCGCGCUCAAAAAUUCGAAAGGAAGACAUCGUGGAUGUACUGCCUGAGGCUAUUCACACAGCAAAUCAAUUUGUGUUCCGUGAAUCCACCCCAUCUUCGGUCUUGGGUCAGACGAUUGAGGAUGCAUUUUGGAUGUGCAACAAAAAUGCGUCUAUCGAGAUCCUUUCGACCUGUGGUGUCAUUCCCAGUCAUCAAACUCGCAUUGCGCCCAAGGAAUUGAGCUUUAUGGAUUCAAUUCCUGCUCUGCCUGACGAUUUUGUGAAAAACGCCAAAGACUUUGUGAAGAGGCUUACCGAUUUCGGGCUCGUUACAGAAAUAACGGUGUCAGACAUAAAGCGCGAGCUAGAAUCCAACACUUUGCGUUCUAACCAAAUCGUUGAGUUCAUUGCCUGGCUUGGCCGCAAAACGGUUGCUGGCCAGCUUGAUAGACUGUCGGUGCAGAGUCUUUUGCGUGUAGCGGUGGCCAACGACGAAGAUAAGGAAGGACAUCCUACUCGCCUGGUCAUCUUCGCGGAUAUAACUUGCUUCUUAAAUCCGCAGCGCAUUCCAGCAGACCUCCCCGUGCCGCCUAGCGUGAUUCCCUUCCGAUUUACCAAAUCUCUAAGCAAACCAGAACUGGAGGCGCUCGGCUGGGUCGAGCUGCAGAUUGUUCCUUGGCUUCGUUGGCUCGUCAACAAUGCUGGAGACCGCAAUGUCCUCUCUAUCGAUCAAGAUAUCACACAGACGGCAGCAUUCUCCGGACAGGUCUUGCCUGUUUUAUCAAAGCAGUGGGAGCCUCUCAGCCAGGCCUCUAAACAAACGGUUGUCUCAAUACUUCAACCUCAGACUGUGAUCCCAACGAGACUUGGAAUGAAGCAGCCUGCCCAGACAUACUUUGCAUCUGUGCGCCUGUUUGAUGAUCUUCCCGUGGUCCAUGGGCUGAACGGCGUGAAAGAGAAGAUCUUGGUUUCACUUGGAGUUCGCAAAACGGUUGAGCUUGGCGUGAUCUUUGAUCGUUUGAUCAACACUCCUACGUCCAGUGAUGCCAAAGGACCCGCUCCGAGAAAAUGGAACCACGUUGAUCUUAUUCGAUACCUUACCUCUGUGCGGGAAGACAUUCCUGUAAACGAUAUUCAGAGGCUCAAAGGUACGAGUAUCUGUACUGCUGAAAACGACAGCGGUUCUCAGGGAACACGGUACAAGAUCUCCGAACUAUAUGAGCCAAAGGAUUCUCUUCGGGCUCUUGGGCUACCUGUCCUCGAGUGGCCGGGCAUCUACACCAACAAUAGUAAUGAGGGCAAAUUCCUUACAAUGAUGGGGCUGAAGAGCUACCCAUCAGCUGUUGAACUCAUCCGCCUCAUGACCACCGGAAGCACAGAGAAGGACAGCCGAGCAACCAAGGCUCUGUCGUACUUCCUUAACGAGUAUUACACAAAUGGAUACGCAGCAUUCGAUAUCAGUGCGGUCACUGUGCCAUUCCUUCCCAUCGAAGACAGCGAUCAAUUGAGUGUGCCAAAGAAAUGCUUCACCGAUGAAGGUGCAGCUCUGUUUGGCUUCAAAAUUCUUCGCAAAGACCUGCACGCCCAUGCCUCAAAACUCGGAGUCAAGUCUCAUCCUCCUAUGACAGAAUGUCUUCAAGUUCUUUCAAAGCGGCCUCCUACUACCCAAAAGGAUGCUCGGAUUGUCUUCAAGUAUUUGGCAGGCCGAGUAGCUGACUUGAACCCACAGGAUAUUGCGCGUAUUAGCCAGGCUCCGGUUGUUCCCAUUGCUGUGCAUAGUCAAGCCGAAAAAGUCCCUAGAACCCGCCUUGCGGCGCCUAGGCUUUGCUAUCUUGGAGAUGGAGAAGACUAUAAGGGGAUCUUUGACUUUAUUGACUUCGGCCAGGAAGCGAAUCUCUUCCUCAUGGCAGUUGGCUCAAAACGAGAGCCAACUAAAAUCGAAAUUGCAAGAAUGCUCGUUAAAGAACCGGCUCGGAUCUCUGCCGCGUUCCAAAGUUCUGAGAAAUACUUGAUGCUCCUCAGAACUCUUGCGGAGCACCUUCCAACGCUGAAGAAGGAUAAGGACCUUUUUAUUGAGAUGAAGAGGGCUCCAUUCCUCAUGGCUAGCCGAGAUAUUCCACCCCAAGCCACAGAUAAGGGUGAAAAGCCUAAGGAACCUCUUGAUGAAGAUGACGAUCUGGAUAUCAGAGAGUGGAGCUUAACUUCUGCCAAGGACAUUGUUGUAGUAGAUGCCUUCCAGAGUUUCAAUCUGUUCAAAGAGCACAUUCUUGCUGCACCACAAGAAGAAGCACUGGAGAACUUCUACUCUGCCCUUGGUGCCAUUCCGUUGAGUGGCCUCGUGGAAGAACAAGCGCGAUUUGGUGGCGUUGCACCCGACCAAACACUGGCUGUCAAGCUGCACAAAUUAAUCUUAGAGCGUGCGCGGCUCUUCUUGCAUGAUCAACCUGCCGAAUCUGUCCUUCAUGGAACUCGGUGGCUGGAACACUCCUUCAAAGUUCAGGUUGUGACCUCGAUAUCGCUUACGAGAUCCCUCAAGGGCCGACGAGUUGCACACACUCAAAAGCGAAACGCCAUCGUCUCUGAGUUGGGGAGGAACUGGGGCAUGUGCAUUACCCCGGGUCGAUAUGAUCUGUACGAGAUCAGUCAGUCAUUGGUGCAUCUGAUCUUGAAGCGACCUAAGCUGCAUUCAACUCUUACUUUAGAGAUGCUGCUGAAAACCGAUCUUCUGGAACUUCGGGCCCGAGGCUACAAUGUGGAACGAAUUCUGAGACAAAAGGCCCAGGAAGCUCGGGUGGCAGAAGACAAGCGACAAAAGCAGGUUGAAGAAGAACGGCGUGCUUUGGAAGAGCAAGAAGCCGCAUGGGCUGCGACUCAAGCUCAACGUGCGGAAGAAAACAGACAUGAGCAACAGGCGCAAAAUGCGAUGCCGGGUGUUUUCCCAGAAUCACCGAACAAUAAUAAGAUGUUACCAGCGGAAGCACAUGCUCCUCCGCCUGAGCCUAUGCCCGAACGUCCUAGUCGCGGCCUGUUUGCCAACCUGUCGAAGCGAUUUGGCUUGGAUGGUAACAAAUCCGGCUCCUCUGGUUCUGGAGAACAAUCCAAAUCAACGCUGCCCGAAUCCUCUGCACCUCCUCCUCCGCCACCACCUUAUUCUCCCAGCGACCCCCAGAAACCACGCCCAGAACAACCCGUGAACGUCAACUCACCGCAUCGCUUGAACUCUGAGCUUCUUUCAGCGGUCCAAGCAUGCCGACCCCACGGAUCCUCCGAUGUGUACAGCCGACCGGAGACGAACCAAGUCUCCGAAAGCAAGUCAUACUGUGACGAACGUCCAAGCCAUGACCUGGAAUUUGUCGCUACACUUCCCAGUGGCGUCAACGUACUAUUCACAAGGACAGUCACAGAAAGAUCAGCAUUCCUCGCAACCAACCGCGCAGGCUUCAACCUCUUUGCUUCCAUAAUCCUCGACUGCGGAUCAAUCUUCUCGAUGCGAGCCGACAGUCUCAGCAUCUUCUACGACCCAGGGGGCAAGACCAUCGCGUUCAACCGGGCAGGCAGUAUCUUCUGCAACUACUUCUAUUUCCAGCAGUUGCAAGAGAAAUCCCUGCUCCAGAGUUCCGCCCCCGACCGUUCUGACGCUAUUGUUUAUUGGUGGGUGAUUCUUUGCCAUGAGCUGGCGCACAACUUGGUCGGGGACCAUAGUUCGGCGCAUAGUUACUACACCGAGGGCUUUGUGGCGCAGUAUUUCCCCAAGGUUGCUAUUAAGCUUGCUUCAUUGCAGCCUGCUCAGGCGUCGCCAUCUAGACAGACUUGA